AUGGGGAAGAAGUGCACGUAUCCCGCCGGGUGUCCCAAGCAGGCGUUGUUUGGCGUGCCUGGAAGCAAGAAGCGUGAGUUCUGCGCCCUGCACGCGAUCCAAGGCAUGGUGGACAUCCACAGCAAAAGGUGCGGCGAGCCAGACUGCAGCAAGUGGCCGUCGUACGGCUUGAUAGGCAGCAAGAAGGCGUUGUUCUGUGCCCCGCACGCCAGGGAAGGGAUGGUUCCGGUCAACGGCAAGAGGUGCGGCUACCCGGGCUGCGCCAAACAGCCAUCCUUCGGCGUGGUCGGCAGCAAGAAGCGGGAGUUUUGUGCUCUGCACGCUACCGGCGACAUGGUCGACGUCCACACGAGGAGGUGCGGCCGCCCGGGGUGCUCCAAGCAUCCCUCCUUCGGCGUGGCCGGCGGCAAGAAGGCGGACUUCUGUUCCCUGCACGCUAUCGAUGGCAUGAUCAACGUCAUCAGCAAGAGCUGCGCCUUCGCCGGCUGCUACAAGCAGGCGUCCUACGGCAUCGACGGCAGCAAGAAGCGGGAGUUCUGCGCGCGGCACGCUGCGGACGGCAUGGUCAACGUCAUCAGCAAGCGGUAG